AUGGCGGCAACAGUCAUCUCUUCUUCUUUCUUUUUGCUCAGCAUCGUAUCCCUAUAUUCUCAAGCGGCAUCCCAGACGACAACUGCUGACGGAGAAAAGCAAAUUCUCCUCCGGAUAAAGAAGGACUGGGGGAAUCCCUCGGCUCUCAGCUCUUGGAACGACUCCACCUUCACCAGCCACUGCAACUGGACCGGAAUCGGAUGCUCCGCCGAUGGCUCUAUCACCAAUAUCACACUCGUCAACCAAAACAUCAGCCAACCGAUCCCCGCCACCAUCUGCGACCUCAGAAGUCUCUCCAUUCUCGACCUCAGUUACAACUACAUCACCACCCCCUUUCCCAAGUCCCUCUACAACUGCUCCAACCUCCAGUACCUCGACCUCUCCCAGAACUACUUCAUCGGCGUGAUCCCCUCUGAUAUCUACCGUCUCUCUCCCCGUCUCACUACCCUCAUCCUCUCAGCCAAUAACCUCACAGGAGAUAUUCCCCGCUCCAUCGGUCGGCUCCCGGCGAUCGAAUAUCUCGCUCUCAAUAACAACCACUUCAAUGUGUCCUUCCCAGCUGAGCUCGGCAACCUCUCAAACCUCCAAACCCUUUUGCUUGCAUAUAAUCCCUUCGUUCCGACAUCCAUCCCUUCGACAUUCCGCAAUUUGACUCAGCUGGGCUUCUUGUGGAUGGCCCAGACUAACUUGAAGGGCGAGAUCCCCGAGUUCAUCGGAGAAUUGACGCAGAUGUACCAAUUGGACCUAUCGGAGAACUCCCUCAGUGGAAGCAUACCCACCGGUAUCUGGAAUUUAAAGAAAUUGCAGUACCUAUAUUUGUUUAAAAACAAUCUCACUGGAGAUAUCAAAAUCAAUGGAUCCAUCGGUGCGUUAGAACUGGAGAAGCUAGACGUCUCCAUCAAUCAAUUGAGCGGAUCCAUCCCGGAGGAAUUCGGCAAGCUUCCGAAACUCUCCAUCCUCUUGAUGUACUACAACCGGCUUUCCGGCGAGAUCCCUGCGAGCAUCGGCCUCCUCCCGGCGCUGACUGAGCUCCGGCUCUUCGGCAACAGUCUGACCGGGGUUCUACCGCCACAACUGGGGGAAAACUCCCCGCUGUGGAAUGUUGAGGUCGAUGACAACAUGAUCUCCGGCGAGCUGCCGGGGAAUCUCUGUGCUGGUGGAGCUUUAUACUCCAUCAUCGUAUUUAACAACAACCUCACCGGCAACCUGCCGGCGUCUCUCGGCAACUGCUCCACCCUCGGCAACAUCAUGAUCCAAAGCAACAGAUUCUCCGGCGACUUCCCCGCCGGGAUCUGGUCCUCGGCGGUUAACCUCACGACGGUGCAGAUGUACGACAACGCCCUCUCCGGCACCUUGCCGGACAAGCUGCCAUGGAAUCUCUCACGGCUGGAGAUGGAGAACAACCGAUUCUCCGGCAAUAUCCCGUCGUGGGCGGGGAAUCUUUUG